UUGUUUUUUUUAGCGUUUUCGUAACACACAUUAGCCGUAAUACUUUUAAUUGUGUUUCCUUGUGAACGACUCGCGUCUUCUGACGGAGAAUUCGUAGAUCAGCGUGCUUUAUUGUGAUGAUAUACUGAUUCUUCGUCUGAUUUCGAUAACCGGCAUAUAGUUGGAUUCAGAUCCCAUUGGCAUAGUGGUUAGCGAUGUAAACAUCACAAUUUUCUAGGGUGGAAAGACCCAUAGCUACCUCCUGAUCGAUAUUUUCCCAUCGGCACAGUGGUCAGCGAUGUUGUCUGGGGAGCUACUUAACUGUUUGGAGAGAUUUCACUUGUCUCACUCUUUGACGGAGAGUUCUUCCUCCCUCGAAGGAAUUGAGUGCACCCUAUUUAUCGAUGUUGAUCUAUGUUUAAUUUCCAAUAUGAGCAACGAGCCUUCUAGGACGGGAUCUAUUCCUACAUUGAUGGUUCGUGGCAAUCAUUCGGGUAACAGUGAGUACAAUUCUGAUAUAUUCACUUCCUUUCCGGCCCUUCGUGAUGCUGCUUCUUAUCUGACUCAGACGACUUCAUACUUAACUCGCUGCUUUGGUGGGUCUCCUGAUGAAUCUGUUUUAGAUGAUGGUGAGGAGUUGGUAACAUUUAGUUCUGGAGAAGCGAUCAGAUCUGACUCAGUGAAUGGUUUCACAGCCUUUCAUGGCUCUGAUGGUUCUGGAACUUCCUCAGUAAUACCUAAUGAAAGAGGCAAAGCUUCAUUAGGAGGUUUUUCUGAAGCUGGGACUGGAACAUUAGUCUCGGCUAGUGUUUUUCAGACCGGCCCUUCUAUUUUCCAAGGUCUUAUUUCUCGAGCUAGGAAGACUGUUCUUGGCUCAGCCGAUGAUAUCGGAUGGCUUCAGUGUGCUCCUGGCAUGCCUCCUGUAGAAGAUGGAACUGAUCGAUUCAAGGAGUUGCUUGAAAAUAUCAGAAACGAUGAACAUAAAUUGCCAGAUUCUUUGGUUUAUUUGUUAGUUCCAGGUCUGUUUAGUAAUCAUGGUCCCCUGUAUUUUGUUAAUACAAAAACAUGCUUUUCAAAGAUGGGACUUACUUGCCAUAUUGCUAAAAUUCACAGCGAGGCUUCAAUUGAUAAAAAUGCCAGAGAGAUCAAGGAAUAUAUUGAAGAAAUAUAUUGGGGGUCGAAGAAACGUGUAAUGCUUCUUGGACAUAGCAAAGGUGGGGUCGAUUCUGCAGCUGCAUUAUCUUUGUACUGGCCGGAUCUGAAAGAUAAGGUCGCUGGUUUAGCCUUGGCUCAGAGUCCCUAUGGAGGUAGCCCAAUUGCUUCAGAUAUUUUGAGGGAAGGCCAACUAGGAGAUUAUGUGCAAUUGAGAAAAAUCAUGCAAGUUUUGAUUUGCAAAGUCCUCAAGGGAGAUUUGCAAGCCUUAGAAGACUUGACUUAUGAAAAAAGAAGGGUUUUCUUGCAAAAACAUCAAUUGCCCCGCGAACUUCCCGUCGUCUCUUUCCACACCGAAGCAGGUUUAGGACCCAGUGUCCUUGCCACCUUAUCUCAAGUUGCCCAUGCCGAGCUACCUGGCAUCGGUGACGGCCAAUCCACAAAGGUGCCUGUAGUCAUGCCACUCUCUGCUGCAAUGGCUGCCUGUGCGCAGCUACUUCAAGUCAGGUAUGGGGAGAAGAGCGACGGCCUCGUUACAAGAAGAGACGCCGAGGUUCCUGGCUCUGUUGUUGUCCGACCAGAGCGAAAACUGGAUCAUGCAUGGAUGGUAUACUCUACACUCAAUGACAGCCCAGGCGAAGGCGAUGCUUCUCAGGUCUGUGAGGCUCUCCUCACGUUGCUUGUAGAGGUUGGGCAGAAGAGAAGGCAUGUAAUUACCAUGAAAGAUGAGUGAGAUUUGCAAUUUUGCUACACAGUAAGUGCUGCAUAUAGUGUAAACUUUAGAAUUUGUUGACACGCAGGAUUUAGAUGUAUAACCCUCUAUUUUAGUGCUCCUAUUUACGAUGAUUCUUCUAGUUUA